AUGACUCGGGAGGAACAUGAGAAGGAGGGUGCGGAGCAUCUCUUUCUGGGACGGGGAAAUGCUGCAGUGGAAGCACAUGGCCGACAUGACACGCACGCACACUUAACAGCCGGAUGCCCCACCAGACCGUUGGCGGGGUGGAGGGGGGGGGGGGGGGUGAUCCAACACAGCCCAAGAGGGUGUUGUCGGUGCGUGUUGGGUGUAUCUUUUGCCGAAUCCAAAGGGGAAGGCGAAGGGGUAGUCAGCAGGGAGGCAAGCAGUCGGGGGUUGGAGAGAGGCAACGAUGUCCGGGUCCAAACAGUGGUCAAGGAUCGGAGAAGGCAAGCAACAAUCCGGGAGGAGGUCGUGAGGCAAGACACGAUCACGGAAGACACUGUGGAAGACACAAAGGACAUCAAGACAGGAACGAGGAAGAGCACAAAGAAGGGGAGCAAGGAACGAGGUAGAGGUGCCAGACGUGAUGCUUACCCAGGCCCAGGUGCGCUGAUGGGUGAUUGCCUGCAGCCUUGUCGCUGCGGGGGCGUGUCCGAGCGAGCAGCCAGAGGAGGAAUUGUGACACUCAGAAUCAUGAGAGACACGGGUUCGAAUCCGCGCCGUGACAGUUUAUAAAUUAUUUAAAAAAGGGACCCAAACACACAUAUUGUACAGCAGAGUUUCGCAGCUAAAUGUGUGUAUAUAAUUUAUACACAUAUACACAUUGGCCCCCCCCCAGACACAUUUUUUCUUUCAAUGUGGCCCCCGAGUCAAAAUAUUUUCCCAGCUCCGCGUCAGAUGAAUGUACUGUAAUUCAUCAAAAAAUGAAAGGUUUGCACUUGCAAUAAAAACAGACAAAAAAAUGAUGAAAUACUUUAUUAAGAUAAUAUUAUUUAACAUUCACGGUGCGCAAAUGAAAAACAUACAAAUGGAUAUACUGUGUAUCUUCCUUUUACCGUACAAUCACCAUGCCAUGU